UCGAACACCUAUAGCUGGCUUAUACGUGAGGUUUUCGCACCAUGCGGGGUCAGCGUUAUAUGUAAAACCGGUAGGCGUCUUGGUAGCUGGCAACACUUAUUCACUUGACCCAAUAUUGUGAUCUCGUGAAACAACCAUGUCCAUACUACGGUGAUUAACGUAGGGAGGUUACGCUUUAGGGGUGUCGUAGGCAUAAUGUUAGACGAUAACUGCGAUGGUGGCAGCCAGAGGAGUGGAGCUAGCGGGGCUAGCGGCCUAAGUGAUUCUUCUUCUAGGCGGUCCGACUCAAAGUUCUUGAAGAAGCGGACUCUUGGACCACGUGGUGCUGAAGGGGACGAAACAGAUCUCUUGGAGCAGAGAAGGAAUGUCCAAGAAGGAGUAUUUGCUUGCAUGUACACAUUGGUUCGACAGACGGCGCUAUCUCAUUGGAAGUAUGCUGUGUUGAAGAUUACCUUGGAAUUCCUGAUGAACUUCGCUGUGGCCUUUAACCCAACAAUGCCUGUAUGGCAUAUAGACACCAACUCGCCGCUUUACCAGGUUAUGAGAUGGACGAUUUGGCGAGUCCCCAUUGUCCGACUGCAUGGCUAUCGUACUUAUGUGUCUGUUAUGUACCUCAUGGCGGUGUCCGUCCUAGUCUCUGUAGUGGGACUGGCGUGGCUGACCCUGGCAAUGCGCAAGCAAGAGCAAUCCAAAUGGCUGCGUACGGCAGCCACCGGCCUGCAUGUUGUGUACGACGUAAUGUACAUCAUGUGCUACGCAGCAUUCUUUGACUACUUCACUUUCAUGGCGGACUGCAACUUUCUGCACACCAGAAAACACAUGUUCUUUCAAGACGUGGACUGCCUGGCGAUGCCCCACCUCCUACACAUGCUUGUAUCGCUGGGCACAGCUUUGCUGUUUCUGUGCGUGACGGCGCUGAUGAUGGUGGCGUCCUGCGACCUUAACCCCGUGUCCAAGGGAUACCUCUCUUCACCGGCAGCAUAUGCGCGACUGCGGAUCCUCAUCGCCAAGGCCGUGUUUGUUGUGCUCGCCAACUGCGUCGAUAGCAACCCCAAGCUACAGAGCAUCGGCAUGCUGAUUGCAGUGGGGCUUAUUUGCUACUGGAACCUUAAGGAGAUGCCAUUCUACCGGCGUGCUGUCAACGUGGUUUGGACUGCUCUGUGGUGCGGCGUGUUGUACACGGUCGUGCUGCUGGUGAUGCUGACGUACGACAAUAAUGACACUGUGCCGCACCGCAAAGCCAUGACGCGGGCGAGUUCGGGGGCGGGCUAUAGAAGAAGAAACACGAGUUCGAGAAGGGGGUUAGGGGCGAGGGUGGUGACCCUUUUGUCGUUCACGUACCAGCUUUAAUCCUUAUCAUCCCAACGCAUUCCGGACUGUCACCUAAUUACCCCACUUCGGUAUGUACUGUCCAUUGCAUGUGUAGCUAUGCUUUUCGCCCGCCUUUCGCAUCCCCCCCUCCAGAACCCAAAAUGCAUACAAUAAUGCAACAUUCGAUAAUUCUUGCUACUUCCGAACCCCAGAACGUGUUGUAUGGCAUCUUCCCGGUCAUCCUGGGAUCCUUAUGCCUCUGCUACAUCAUCGUGCGGCUGUCCUCCCGCCCCGCGCGCAAGUUCGUUGGACUGCCCCCGGGUGCGAAGCUGCGGAAGAUACACCGCUUUGAGUCGGUGCAUGAGGUGGAGCGGCUGGCUCGGGUGAUGCGGCGGUUUGACAUCGACGGGGUGGUGGACGAGACGUCCGCGGCGCUGGGCGAAACCAUCAUCAAGGCCGGCAUGCAGGUGUUCCCCAACUCGCCGUUCCUGCUCAUCCUCUACGCCAACUUCAUGCUGGAGGUGCACAAGGACGGCCCCGCGGCGCGCACGCAGCUGCAGCUGGCGGGCAAGCAGGCGCCGGGCCUUGUGGAGAAAUACCAGGUGUUCUGCACGAACGAGGCCUCGAAGCGCCUCAAGGACAGCCAGGAGGGCGGCAUGGACAUGCAGGCCUACAUCGAGUUCAAGAGGAACUUCAGGGCCGUGCUGCGGGUGCACCGGGAGGUGUUGGCGCUGCAGGCAGAGCUCUGGCAGAUGUGCAUGCGCUCCUCGCUCCGGGUGGCGCAGGUGGAUGAUGCGCUAGAGGGGCUGGAUGCGGCCGCGGGCAGGGCGCACCAGGUGUACAAGAGGGUCUUGGAACGCUACCCCGCCAACGGCAAGCUCUUGCGCUGCUACGGCAAGUUUCUGGAGGACGUGCGGCAUGACCAGGCUGCGGCUGCUCGCGCCUACGCCGAGGCCAGCCGCAGCGUCGGCAAUGCGCUGCUUUCCCUGGACCUGGCUUGCGGGGCCGAGGCAGGAGCGAACGUGGGCGGUCCCAAGCGGCCCGAGUUUGUGACCUCCAUGUCUAUCGAGGACGAUGCGGUGGUAGUGAUUGACGCGGAGGGAACCAUCAUGAUGGUCAGCCAGGCGGUUCAGUCUGUGUUUGGCUACUCCAAGAGCGAGCUGGAGGGCGCCAACGUGAGCGUGCUGAUGCCCCAGCCCUUCUGUCAGCGCCACCCGGGCUACAUGCAGCGCUACGUCAGCAGCGGGGAGCCGCACAUCCUAGACACCGUCAGGGAGCUCGUGGCGCUGCACAAGGACCGAUACGUGCUCCCUAUACAUCUGGGCGUCACCAAGCUCAGUGGGAUGGGGGCGGACGGUGUGUUCCUGGGCGUGAUCCGGCCACAGCCGCGCAGCUUCACAACCCUGCGCGUCUGGUUGUCCCCUAACGGAGUCAUCCUUUGCACCGACCAGGCGUUUUCCAGCGCAGUGGGCUUCGUGGAGGGAGACCUGGUGGGCCACACCCUGUCCUCGCUGGUGUCGGGUUCCCCCGAGGCGUUGGA